AUGCAUCAGACAUCCGAGGAAGACAUGAUAAUGAAAGACUUGAUGGAUCACUCUCUGAGGAUGAAUGCUACUGAUCAAAAAAUUCCAUCAAUACCACCAUCAUUUUGUUGGAAAUUUAAAUUUUACAUUCCGAAUGUUGAUUCCAAUGAUGAUACUCCCUUCAACGAUCAUUCUAAUCACUCAUCGAUGAUUGAAUGCAAAAUUCCUUUACGGGCUCAAACCUAUUCCCUGAAAGAAGUUGUCCAUUUUAUUCCUGGAGUAUUCAGAUUUUUAACACAAUCUUACAUUUCCGAGAGGCUUUAUCAUAAACGAGAGACUCCAUUCGAUUUUUUUAUGAGGAAGGGUGUUACUGACCCGAGAAGAAAGGGACCUCCAUUGGGUGGAAUUGGAUCAGGAUCGUUCACAAUGAGUUUGAAUGGGUGGUUCACAAGACAUCACUUGAUCUUUAAUCAAACUGGUGGAGUGUAUAAUGAUACUAUAUUACCUGUAAAUCAAUUUAGCAUUCGUGUGGAAAAUGUAAAUGAUGUCAACAAGGCCACUUCUUUUGUUUUGAAUCCAAUAGUCGAUUUUAAAGAUGGAGCUAUGAACAAGAAUUUAUUACGAAAUUUAAAAAGUAAUUGGAAGUGGAUCAAUACGCGAAAGGGCUUAAAAUUUGAGCAAGAAUUCAUGUCACUCUUUCCCAAGUCUUGGACAGUGUACAAAUCGGUGGGAGGAUAUCAACAAUUAACGUUGGUAUGUGAAAAAUAUUCUCCCGUGAUUGCACACAACUACAAGGAAAGUAGUUAUCCAACUGCAUUAUUCAAUUGGACUAUUUUCAAUGAAGGCGAUGAAGAUCUCAAUAUUUCAUUAAUGUUUACAUUUCAGAGUGAUGCUGACAUCACCAAGAACCAGCCACAACAACGAAUCCAUAAUAAGCAUUCCACAAUGACUGGAACGUUACAAAAUGGACAACACUGUAAAGGUGUCGUCAUGGAGACGAGUAUCAAAGACUCAUUCUCGCACCAAGAUCCACUUCAAUUUUGCAUUGGUGCUACUUGUGCCAGUUAUGGAAUCUCAGAAACAUCUUCCAUCUCGUGUGUUGAAUACUUCAAUGCCAUGGAUUCGACCCAAUUGAAUGACAUGUGGAAACAAUUCGAAAAUUUUGGCUCAUUCGAUGAUGAGAACUUUUCAAAACGUUUCACCACCACUGGAAGCAGUCAUACUGCAACACAACAAGUCAUUUCAUCUAGUGCAGUCUGUGUGAAAAUUCACUUGCCUCCAAAAAGUCAACGACAAGUUACAUUUAACAUGAAUUGGCAUUCUCCAAUUGUUCGGUUUGGUCCCUCUCUCGAAUACAUCUACCUUAGACAUUACAUGAAAUACUUUCAAGACAAACCAUUGAAUAGCUCAGAUAUUUGCUGGAACAUGUGUAAAUUGAGUUUACAGUCAUCCUCAUCGUGGAGCAAUGAGAUUGAUCGCUGGUACACGGGUGUCAUUUCUUCCAUGCCAAAUGCUACUGCCAUGACCAUUUCCGCUCUCUUUAAUGAAUUGUAUUAUGUGAUUGAUGGAGGUACUGUGUGGACAUUUGGUGAAGAAUUGCGAAAUGAUCAACUGGAUUUUUCACAAACUGCACAUGAACUGGUAUGCAAAAUGAAUCAACAAGAAUCCAGCCCGCAAGAAAAAAGCUCCUCAUCCAAUUCCUCCUCGAAUAGCCAAUCCAUCAAUGAUUACUUUUCCUAUUUGGAAGGUCACGAAUAUCUCAUGCAUAACACCUAUGACGUUCAUUUUUAUGCUUCUCAUGCUAUGAUUGUUAAUUGGCCAGCUAUUCAACUCUCUAUUCAACGAGAUAAUGCUCUUUACGUCAAACAAGAGCUGCCUCAAGAGACUACCUUUUUUUUAUCGAACAUGAAAAACAAACGAAAAGUAUUAAGAUGCGUUCCACAUGAUGUUGGAACUCCAUGUGAAAGGCCUUGGAAAAUGGUCAACUCAUAUCCAAUGCAAGAUACCAACAAAUGGAAAGAUCUCAAUUCUCAAUUUAUUAUUUCCAUUUAUAGAGAUUAUGUCUAUACCAAAGAUGAAGAAUUUCUCAAACAAGUUUAUCCUUCAGUCUUGCUUGCAAUGAACUAUCAUUUAGAAAAUUUCGAUAAAGAUAAGGAUGGUCUUAUUGAAAAUGAAGAUUUUCCAGACACUACCUACGAUGCAUGGAUAGUAACAGGUGUCUCUGCUUAUUCUGGUGGAUUAUGGAUUGCUGCCUUGCAGUGUGCCAAUCAAAUGGCCCUUCUUUUGAAGGACACUGAGACCAGUGACCGAUUGAAACAAUUAAUUCCCUCUGCCCUUCAAUCGUAUGAAUCAAAACUUUGGGAUGACACAAAUUCUUAUUAUCACUAUGACACAAGCUCACAUCCACAACAUGAUUCAAUUAUGGCAGAUCAUUUACAUGGACCUUUCAUGCUAUUAUUAAUUGGUCACCAAUUGUAUCAACAGGGAGAAAUUGAAUCUCCGUACGCAAUUUUUCCAUUCAACAUGGAGCGAGUUAGAAAAUCCUUUGAUACUGUUUUACAACACAAUAUCAAGCAUUUCCAGAAAGUAACUGGUAUUGGAGGAGUCAUCAAUGGUAUACGACCACACACUAAACAAGUAGAUUCUACAAGUUUACAAUCGAGAGAAGUCUGGACAGGUACAUCCUAUGUCGUUGCAGCUCUUGCCUUACUUUUAGGCCACGAGAAGGACGGUUUUGAUUUAGUAGAAUCAAUAUUUUCUAAGGGGGCUUGGUCUUUAAAAUUUGGUUUUUGGUUCCAAACACCUGAAGCCAUAACUGAAAAUGGUGAAUAUCGAGCAUUGGGGUAUAUGAGACCGUUAGCUGUGUGGGCUUGUUAUUCAGCAGCGAUUGGUGUACAUUCCCAGCUCUAA